CGGUGACAUUUAAAAGUUUUAGGUUAUGUGUGAAAUUGAAAAUGAUAAAAAAAUUAUUUAUCAAUAAAUAUGCCCAUUACUACAAAUUCUAUGAAUUCCAUAGGAAUUUUAGUGCAAUUGCUAAUGUAUUGGAUAAAUUUAACAUCGGGGACACUACUGAAAUUAAGGGUUGGGUAAGAAAUUUACGAGUCCAAAAGGAACUCGUAUUUGCCGAUAUUAGCGAUGGUACUUGUGCAAAAAAAUUACAAACAGUCAUACCAAAACAUCUCAAAACCGAUGCGUUAACUUACGGUAGCUCCGUUCAUGUCACGGGUACUUUGUCCAAGAGUCCCAAGGGACAGCUCGAGCUGGUCGCCGAGAGCGUGCGUGUCCUAGGCAGCUGUGUGGUCUUGGACGGCUAUCCAUUCAACCCCCGGACUACGCAUCCUCCAGAGUACAUCCGCCAAUACCUACACCUACGAUCCAGAACGAACUAUAUUUCGGCGAUACUGAGAGUAAGACAUGCCGUCUCCAAGCACAUAAAUGAGUUUUUUGCUUCUAGAAACUAUAUACACAUUCACACCCCAAUACUGACAUCAAAUGACUGUGAAGGGGCCGGUGAAGUCUUCAAAGUGCAGCCUGAUAACGAUGAGACUGUCAAGGCUAUGAUGCAGGAGGGAAGAGAUAGAGACUCCGUGUACUUUGGCUCGAAGACCUUUUUAACGGUAUCUGGCCAGCUUCAUUUGGAAGCAGUAUGCAGAGGAAUGGGCAAUGUGUACACCCUAGGGCCUACAUUUAGAGCUGAGAAUUCCAGAUCAAGGUUGCAUUUAUCAGAGUUCUACAUGUUAGAAGCAGAGCUAGCUUUCUGUGAUAGUCUAAACCAGUUGCAGUUCUGUAUAGAGGAUUUACUUAAAUAUGUAUUUACAAAAACUAGGGAUUCCAAUGAAGCAGACUUAUUUUUGAUUGAUAAAGAAAAGGCCAAGGCCCCAAAUUGGAUUGACAAAGAGUUUGUAACUAUGACCUAUGAUGAGGCAAAGGGAAUUCUAAAGAGAAAAGGAAUAGCAGACACAGAGGAAGGAAUAAACAAAGAACAAGAGCUGGCACUAGUUGAUCACUGCAAUGGGAUACCAGUAUUUGUUGUGAGAUGGCCUAAAGACAUGAAAUCAUUUUAUAUGAAAGAAUGUGAUGAUGAUAGUUCAAAGGUGGAUGCUCUGGAUCUGUUAGCCCCAAUCACUGGGGAAAUAGUAGGAGGCAGUCUCAGGGAAGACAACUAUGACAAGCUAAGGUUAAAACUACCCUCAGAAAAGCUCAAUUGGUACCUGGAACUUCGAAAAUUCGGCAACAUACCUACAGGGGGCUUUGGACUGGGCCUGGAGAGACUACUGCAAGUGAUGUGCGGAGUUCCUAACAUCAAGGAUACUUUGCCAUUCCCUCGGUGGCCACAUAACUGUGACAUGUAAAUAGUAUUCAGUAGAUUUAAAAUUAUUGUUGUACAGAUAUAAAUCAUUAAUAA